UUUCGUUCAUCAAGCCGCCACAGCUCUUAUCACACCCAAAUUCCGUCGUUUGGGAGUUGGUUAUCACCGUCGUCUGCCAUCCCCAUAGCCACUUACAUGAAAGAAUACAGUAGAUUGUGAGCUUUGAAGAGUGGAGUGGGUUGAAGGUUUGAAGAGUGGAGUGGAUUGUGAGCUUUUCUUUCAUAGUCUUUAAUUGAGAGUGGAUAUAACGGAAAGUGAAACCUUAGUGCUUUAUGUAAAUUUGAAUGUUAUGAAACGAUCAAGAGCUUUUAGUUAUUAUUCUAUGUAAUGCCGAAUGUUUUGAAGCUAUCUUUUUAUGUGAUUGUCUUGAUCUGGUAUUUUUUAUGAUUUAAAGCUUUGCUGUCCAGAUUGUGUUCGAAACAUCUAUAGCUAACAUUUUCAUAACAUAUCUAAAAACAUGUACAAAAAGAAUGCAACAUUCACUAUUUACAUAAAAAGAAUAACAUUCAACAUUUUCAUUACAUUCAGAUGGAAAAAAGAUUAAAAUUCAAUAUUUUCAUUACAUUCAGCUGGAAAAAAGAUUACAACAUUCACCACAUGUCCAUUACAUUCAUUACAUUCACCACCACAUGUUCAUUACAAUAAAAAUAACCCAUGACAACAACAAUACUUUCAAGGUUCUACUAUACUUCUUCUCUAUUGCUUUAAAUUUGACUUGCUCAAUCGCAACACGUUCAUGAAGUACCCUAUUGUUCAUUCAUUGCGCUAACUCCAACAUCAUCUUACAGCAAUAUGACAUAAUGGAAACAUCUGACUGAAGUGAAUUGGAUGCAUGGUAAAUUUGCUCACAACAGGGAGCUGAAAAGCUUCAUUCUUCAUCCCCUUUUAAGCACGUACGUUAAUACACAGUUGACAUAGACUGCAUAUGGUUGGCGGGUGCUAGAUCUAAAUGGCCCUUUUCCAAACACAGAAAACAAUUAUCAUGUGGUAGAACAUCAUUUGAACAUCAAAACUUGAGCACUCCAACCAAAAAACAACUUCUAAACACAAAAAAAUAAAAAAAAAUGCUGCAUUGCUCCCCCUGGUUUGCAAAGCUAGUAAUCAGAAAGAUAUAAAGGUUAGUGGUCAAUUCAAAAUAUUGCUCAAGGUGCUUACAGGAUUGCUAAAGACUAUUUUGUAUCUUGCACGUAUAAUAAGACAAACAAACAUUGUGUUUGUAAGCAGCAGUUAUCUUGGUUAGUAAAAGCUGAGACUUUUAUUCAUAAAAGCUGAGACUUCUAUUUAAAAGCAAGCAUAAACUUCAUAAGACACCUACCCAAUAAAAUAUACAUGAGUUAUGUUAGUUUACAAAUCUUAUAUGCAUCACUAAUUCGUUCUAGGACCCUUGCAUUAUAUUCAUAAAAAAGAAUCAAAAUACCAAUACAUAUUAGAAAGUCUCUGCUUGUGGCGGGUUUCUAUGUCAUGGGUCAUGUAAAGUGUCACAACAGUGUAAAGUGGGUCGUCUUCUUCAUAUAAGGGGACAUACAACUCAUAAGCAUUUUGGGUAAAUAUUGGUAGUUCAUUUUCAGGAUUAAAAAACUCUAGCUUUUCAUCCAAUACCUCAUUUGAGCUUUUCUUCAAACACCUAUUGUGCUUUCCUUUUAAUUCAUCAUCGCAGCUUCCUCUCAACCAUUGCAAUUCCUGGAUACAAACAUUCAACACAGCAGCUUCUUACAUUCCUUGCAUUCCCUUAUUAAAACAAAACAUUCCCUUAUAUGAGCACAGCGCAACCCAUCAAUCCGAAAAUAGAUCCACUCUCAGUCUUUCAUACGUACAUAAUGCAAAAAUAGAGUGCAUGGGUUGCGUUGUGAAUGUAACAAAUUCAGCUUGGAUGCCUUGGUGCCAACGCGAGAUUACCUCUUAGAAUGUGCCGUCUUCAAUGUGGUCCGGAAGAACAAGAAUUGCAGAGCUCAAAGCUGGGUUGCGGAGAUGAGUGUGGGCGAGGGUGUUUGAAGAGUUUUGCCGAGAGGUGGGCGAGGGGAACGAAGAGGACAAUGAGAUCUGAAGCGUGAUAGGUGUUUCCUGCUGGGGUGCGGUCACAUUGCAACUCAAAUGGAAAGCGUACGUGGCACUAAUCUAUUAGAAGGCUGUUUUUUCGGGGUAAACGGUCGGACUGGUUAUAAGAUUUUCUCAUCGACUCGACUCUCUGAGUUUCCCUCGAAGUUUUGGAUCAAACAAGAUCCUUGAAUUUCCCAUUGGUUAUGAAUGGCUCGGCCCAUUCGAUUAUUGUCUUCUUAAUUCCUACCGGAUGCUUUACUAUUGGUUUUCUUCCUGUAACAAUCUCUAGCAGAAGAAUUCCAAAACUGUACUCAUCACAGCUUUCGGAAACCUUCACCCGCGCCGCCGACGACUCCGAGACACUGGGAAAUAAUUGGGAGCAUUGUUAACUUUUGGAGACUAGAUUAACCUCUUCGUCAAAAGAGAGCUCAGUGAAAUCAACGAAAAUAAUUCCCUCAAUCUCUGGAUGGGGAAUUUGUUACCGUUGGAUCAAAAGGGGUCAAAUUCCACCAAGUCUUUGAAAGGUAGAAUGACGGAGGCUGUGGAUUGGGAAAGUUCUUCAGGCGGGGUGAGUGAAAAGGAGGCCUAUUUACAAUAUAUUAAUUACGAUGAUGACAAUGAGGAACAUCACUUUAAGUCUUGGUUUACAUCAAAGAUGCAGUUUAGGAAAGAUAAAUCAACAGCCUGUUGGAUUGAUGAAAUUGGAAUGGCUCAGGUUGUAGAAAACAAGGGUAAAAUGUGGAGGACAAUGGGGAUAGUUCGUGGCGGCAAGACUUAUUAUUCAAUUGAGGAAACUUUGUUUUUGAUGGAAAUAGGGGCAUUGCUUCUCAUGGAUGACAAUGAUACAAGUCUUUCAAUAAAGGAUAUAUAUGCCAAGGUUAGUGGAUGCGCUUGGGAGCUGUUUGAAGUUUAUAGGCACCUGAAGUCCCUUGGUUACAUUGUCGGGCGGCAUGGCAUUGCUUGGUCUACAAAGGGUGUUAAGAGUAGCUCUCAAAGUGUUUCUCUUCAAGGCUCUCCACAAAGCAGUGAAGUGGACGUAGAGCUAAAAGACGAGAGGUCCAUCAUUGGACUGUUUAAUGGUUUUCACAUUAAUGAAGCAAGGGCAGUUUUUGAUGUCUAUCUCCCAAACAGCAGGUUUAGAAAGUCCUCUCCUGGAAACCCAAGAUUUGUGCUCUGCUUAACUAGGGGUGAUCCACCAUCCAUAGCAGACGUUGAAGUCCUUGAGAGGCAAUGUGGAGGCUUUCCUUUGCUGUUUUGUCAUGUAGAGUAUGGACGAGUGUGUUACUUUUCCUUUGAGGUUGAGGAGCUUCCCAUCUUACCUUGACUCUGCCAUGCCAGCAUGGAUGCGGUGAUUAAUAGGUACAUCCAACAGAUAACGAGAGCUUUAGUUUAAAGCAAGGUUAGAGUUAUAAAUGUUUAAAAAGUAACAUGCAUGCACUGUGCUGUAAUGAUAUUUGACAUUCGGUUUUAUAUAUUUUGAUUGAGAAAAUUUGAGCAAUUUCGGUUUA